AUGGCGAUACCCGGCCCACACCGCCCGCGCGCGCAGCCCGCCCAGCACGGCUGCCCCGCGGACCCAGCCGGCCCGGCCCGAGACCUCCUGCCGCGGAGUGCCAGCACUGCCUUCCCGGCAGAAGGGCAAGCGCUGCUUGUGCAAGACCGAGACGCUGCCCCUCCACCCUCCCCACGGCGCCUGGGCCGGGUGUGGUUACCUGCGGGUUUCCUGCUGUGA